AUGUCACUAUUCAGAUUCACUUCCACGCUGGAGAACUGCCACCCUCGGGUAUCCCUCUGCAGCAACCCUGACUUCAACAGCAGUGCCAUUACAGUGGUGAGUGCAACCUUGCGGGUGUCUGAGGCAUCACCUGUCGAUAUCACCCGACUCGCACAAAACAUCAUCGCUUGCAGCCAGCCUGCAUGUGAGGGCGCCCUGUAUGAGGUCAUUCAAAUGUACUCCAGGGUCGAAUGCCUGAGCGCAGUGGAUGGGCCAGAGACAAUUUCCAUCGAAAUCGAAUACACGUAUGAAUCCUUUACAUUUAGUAUCCAAACGAACAGCCUUUUCACCAUUGAUGAAGACGGUCUGCGCAGCGAGCAUUGCGAUAAUCUCUACUACGAAUCGAGGCCCAAUACGACUUCAAACUCAGUGGAAUACCCCUUCAACUGCUCUUUACUUGACGAGUCGAGAUACGGCGAAUCAUCAAGCGCAAGUACACCAGGAUCCACAGUGGAAAAACGAGGGUGCCCUCGGAUGACAAAGGGCUUCGUUGCAGGAACAUCGCUUGGAUCUGAAUCAUGUGGUGCCACAUUCAUCAUCGUAUCCGACUCGCUUAAUACGGCCGAUGCGCAAGUAAAUUUCGAAUCAAUGGACCAAAACGACGUUGUUGGCGGGGCCACCAACGUCCUGCAAAACGAUAUCGACUCCUCAGACAACCAACUACACGUCAUCAGCUUGGUGAUGAUCAUCGACAUCGAGAAUGGCAAUACAAGCAUUGAUCUCAAUGGCUCCGUGAUCAUUGACUUCGCCGUGGAUCUAACGGCCGAAACAAAUGCCAUUCAUUGUGCGUUUAUCGCUAACGAAAGUUCUGGAGUCUGGUCAAAUAUUGGUAUGGAAGUGGUAUUUGCAAACUCGUCCCUGGUACAAUGCCGCAGUACUCAUCUCACUAGCUUUGCCGUUCUCUUAUCGGCCAAGCCUCCUCAAGGGAUACACGCAGUCAUACAGAGUUAUCUGUCUAGAGUCAUGGGGGCGCUGUCCGUUUUGUCCCUCACGGUGGCCAUUUGUAUUUACUUUGCCACUGGCACCUGGAAGCUUCUAAAGAUUCAGAUCCACAUGAACCUAGCCAUCUCGACAGCCUUGGGUCAGCUUCUCUUCAUGACUAUGGCAGAGAUGACUUGGAAUGUGAUAAUUUGCAAGACCAUUGCCGUCACUCUCCAUUACCUCUUCACCUCCGCUCUCGCUUGGACGAUGAUAGAGGGCGUAUUCCUCUAUCGUACAACUGCCGUGGGCUUCAAGCCUCUACAUAUCGGAUGGUUGAGUCUCUUUGCUUGGGGAGGCUCGCUAGUGGUUGUUGGAGUUUCUUUCGGCGUCUUGUAUGAUGGCUAUGGCACUACUAAAGUUUGCUGGCUUCGUCACGAUGACUACACCAUUUACGUAUUUGUCGGAUGUGUAUUCGCAGUGCUCUUGUUCAACUCGAUGAUCCUGUUCUUUGUGAUGAAGUCCUUCAUGGCACUCAAGGCCAACGCGAAGAAAGACGAGUUAGACAAAAUCAAGGCGAUGGCUCGUGCACUGCUGAUUCUACUUCCGAUCCUUGGUCUGACUUGGUUCUCGGGGGCCGUCACCAGCAUCACCACAUCUGAUGACGUCAUCUUCUUUCAGUACCUCUUCACCAUCUCGUUCGGUCUUCAGGUUUGUUGCCAUUCAAUAUAUUAA